CCCAACGGCACGAGACGGGCCCAACCUUCCUCCUUCGACACUCGCCCGGUGCUACUAUCGCCCGCCGCCAACCUCACCACGAACCCCGCAUACCAUCACCCGCCUGACGUCCGGCAUGGAAGGAGAAGGACGACCUAGUGGGUUCACGCACAGACAGCAGAAGCGCUCACAUGCACAAAUGGACGGCGAGCAAGCCUCUGCCUCGCCUGCCUGGAGACAUGGAUCCUUCCCCGACAACCGCGAAGCUCCCUCAACCUACCACGGCCUUCCCUUCGGAUACGGUUAUGACGAUAGGCAGAGUCCUGCUAACGAUAUCUACGACCCACCCGCCCGCUAUCGUUUCGACCGCCAACCCACCCCGAGCUUCGAGUCUGCAUUGCGAUCGCACGCCCGCCCGCCCAUAGAACGCGCCUCCUCAAGCGCCCAGCACUCACAUACCGCCGGGUUACACCUGCCAAGAUUGGGCAACAUGGCAUCUUUGGCGUCUUCGGCAUCAAGACGGUUCGCGGGCGAUGGCUUCGAUUACAGGCGGCCGGCUGGCUCGGCAAGUCAACACACAGCAGCGUCUGUCGACCUGACUGGGGACGAGGACGAUGUGGCUAUCGACCUGAGCCAGGACGACGACAUAAUUGAUCUGACGGCUGAUGAUUCGGGCGACGGGGCGAGUCACAAUGGCAACAACGCACACGAGCAACAACAAGACAGAGGACAGCCAGAGUCGCAUCCCGGUCGCCGUCACCAACCUCGUUUGCCAAGGGGCAUGGACAUCAUCAUCGACCUGGACAACGGCGAAGAAGAGUGGUUUCCUGACCCACCAGCACCACAAGCAAGCUCUCCCGAGAUUGAGUUCAUUUCUUCCCGCACAAUACACGGUCAGCGCCCCCUUCAACCAACCAACGGGAACGACUCCGAUGGCGAAGAUGUGCGGUUCAUACGGGCGAACGCGUUACCAGAGGCAGAGGUACGGAGACGGCAGAGAAACGAGCAGCUGGAUAACGUCAUGGAUCUUUUUGGAACAUUGAAUGGGCGUUUCACACAUCUCCGAGCCCAGGUCGAUCGGUUCCACGAACAGGUCAACCGGACAGCAAACCGCUUCCACGAACCUGUCGCCCCUUCCCGCAGUGCCUCUCGGGGUCGUGCGCCGCACAUACGAGUAGGCGCAUUCCAAGCGCCCAUGCUGGAUUUCGAUGUUAUAGGCUUCGAACUUGGCCCGCGGGUACGCGAAGCACCGCCUCCUCCCGCUACCUAUGACGCGCCACCACCAGCCCCAGAGGGCUUCACGAGGAGCCCGGAAGAAGAAGGAGGAGCACUCAUAUGUCCCAAUUGCGAAGAAGAGCUGUGUGUCGGCAGCGACGAGAUCAAGAGGCAGGUGUGGAUUGUCAAAGGAUGCGGUCAUGUUUACUGCGGCGAGUGUACAGCCAAUCGAUCGGCGAAGCGCAGUGCAAAGGGCAAGGAAAGACCCGCAAACACAAACCCAUUCAAGGUUUGCGUGGUCGAGGACUGCGACAAGAACGUGUCCCACAAGAAGAGCAUGAUUCAGGUGUUUCUGUGAUCACCCAACAUCACGCAGUCCAAGAGAUGGAUCUGUAUCUUUCUUUUCAGGACCUAUAUCUAGGCUCAGUCAUGAUUGGGUGUUUUGACGAUACCCUUGCUUGCAUCUCAUUUCAGGCUCUUAUCAUAUCUAUUCGCAUUUGUUGCAUUUGCAUAGCAUGGCGUUUUGGAUGGCUGUUCUGUACAUUUUACACCUGGCUUAUUGGCAUAAAUGAGCGGUCCAUUCCCUCUGCAUGCCCAUUGUCCCGGUCAAAUAGAAGAAGACCAAGAUAUGCGAGAUCGGGUGUAAUUAGCGUGCAAGGAUUGAGAUGAACCCGCAAUAUGUUUGACCCACGGACCGAUCGUCUGUGUACCUUGACCUGUUCCAUGUCCCAAUUUCAU